UUCUCAACGCAAUCAAGAUAAAAAGGGCAACGAAAAAAAGAAGAGGAACGACGCAAAAUCGACCAAUAGCUUCAGUCUAAGAUCGCCUGCCGUCAGCAAACACACGCUUAAAAUGUGGCUCUUCUUCACUAUAGCUACCUCUCUUCUGCAGGUUUAUCUUGUCGAUGGUCAUGGACGGUUAAUGGAUCCACCGGCGAGGAAUGCCAUGUGGAGAUUUGGCUUCCCCAACCCUGUUGAUUACCAGGACAACGAACUUUACUGUGGAGGAUUUUCAGUUCAGUGGUCCUUGAACGGUGGCAAGUGUGGUGUUUGUGGCGAUCGAUGGGACGAUCCAGUACCUCGUCUCCACGAAAGUGGUGGAUUUUAUGAUACUGGCUUGCUUGGCAGGCGCUACACUCCCGGGCAGGUAAUUGAUAUUGAAGUUGAGCUAACGGCAAAUCACAAAGGAUACUUUGAAAUGCGAUUGUGCCCACUAUCAGGCGACCCUACGCUCGCAGAACGCCAAGAAUGUUUCAACAAGUAUCCACUGUAUCUGGAAGGCCAAUCCAGUUACCGUUUUGAAAUUCCUGAAGAUACAAAACGACAAGAAACUUUCAACUACCGUGUGAAACUACCUGAUGGUGUUACGUGCAGUCGCUGUGUCAUCCAGUGGAUUUAUUAUACAGGAAAUACGUGGGACGUAUGCGUAAAUGGAACCGGGGCAGUCGGCUGCGGAAACCAGGAGACGUUCAGAAAUUGCGCAGAUGUGGCCAUCAUAACCAACACGGGAGGUUUUGGACCCGCCGGCGUUGUUCCAGCGGCACCGACAAGCCUUCACGAUAAUCCAUACGCCAUCAAACUGCUUAACGUUACUCAAAAGGGGGUCCAGGAACAAACGCUAGUCGUUCGAUCUCAAGUAUGCAUUGCAAACGACAGCUUUAGGGACAAGAAUCGUUUUGAUUCAUGGUGCAUGGCCAACUGCCUCAAAUAUCCGCCUACAUGUCCAGACAACGUCUGCACAUGCUUGACUGAAUGUGUGCCCACGGGAAACUUUGCGAAAGAACCUGGGGCGGACGUCUACUGCCAUAUCAACUGCUUGCGGUACCCUCCCAGUGAACGUUGCCCGGAAUGGUGUAAAUGCACAUAGGCAUGGAAACUAGCUGAUUAGGCAAGCACUUAAUGAAAAACUCUGCCUUGCUAAGAAACACUGUUUAGAAGACAGAAGCACGAAGAACAAAAAUGAAACAUUCCAUGUUUUGGGGCAUUAUUAAUUGCAACUCUUAAAAGAAAAACCAACUGCAGUUCAUUUGUUUGGUGGUAGACCAUAUACUUAAUUAUGCAAAAGGCUGAGGAAACAAAUAUACAAUUUGAUUGAAA